UCGCUAAUACAGUAAUAACCUGUUCGAUUAUCUAACAUAAUUAUAAUUUGCAAGGCGUUCUCCAUACUCCAUAGUACAACUCGUCCUGUGUUAUCGCAGCCAUGUUUGGGCAUAGGAUCUUGUUGUGCUUGGGAUUUGUGGUAAUCAGUGGUGCACGGGAAGUUAGUUCUCUUCGUCCAGAUGCCGAAGUCGAAAGCAUAACUAAGUUUGCGCUGACCCAUGGUCCGAACCUCAUCUGUAAGAUGAUGGUGUCGAACGGCAAGCGGAUUCCUGUUCAAAGCUAUCGCACAGAAAAUUUACCGGACGGUGUUAUGUACACCAUCAUUGUGAGCCUAAACAACAAACCAGCGCAGCGCGGCUCAAUUGGUGGUUUUGGAAAAAUUUUGAAGGUUUUGAAAGGGAAAGAUGGGAAGCUGUCCAUUGAACAGGAUCCAUGUCGCUAUAAUGCUCCCUAAGAUGUAUCUGGCCCAAAAAAAUGGCUUAUUAAUUCUGUUUUUUUUUAGUGUUUAAUCAGUGUCUGUAGUACAGCUUUUACCAGUAAUACAAACCAGCACGACAGAUAUCGCCUUCUUUAAAAGGUACAGCAUGUUAAGAAAAAUUGUUUAUUCAAGCAAGCAAAAAGAAUGAGAUCCGCUGAUACAUGGCCGUAAUAAAUUAUUCC